AAAAAAAAAAAAAAAAAAAAAAUUCUUACGCUCUCAUCACACUACACUGGAUUAGAAAAUAAUGAACAGAGACAAUUAACAAUUGCAUUUCGAUCUCUGUUACGUUAUGUACAUACAUGUACAUGUACAAACGAAAAACCCUCCUUGGCGGGGUUGGUUUUCUCCAGCAAGGAAUAAUCGCGGAAGGGCUCGGCUCAACGUCAUCCUUUCUUCAUUUCAAGAGCAUUCAAAGCAUCCACUUCGUAUAUUAUGCUAGCUCUUAUAGCACAUGCUUAGAAAUUACAAUCAACACUCCUGCAUCAUCAUCCUGGAUGGGAUAGAAAUUACCGAUAACUCAUGAUCGUAAGCAGAGCUUUCAAUCGGUUGAUAACUCCUGGUACAUCAGUAUUCAAGCGCAAAAUGCAUAUCGAAUCCAUUCCCAUGUGGACGGGGUCGGGCAAUAACUAUGCCUACCUAAUAUCCGAUGAAGCAUCAAAGGAUGCAAUGGUCGUGGACCCAGCACAUCCUCCGGAAGUCAUUCCUGUUCUCAAAUCCCAUAUCGACAGCGGCAAAAUUAAUCUCAAAGCAAUCAUAAAUACUCACCAUCACCAUGACCAUUCAGGUGGCAACCAGGGGAUUCUCAAACAAUUCGGCAAGCUCCCCGUCAUUGGAGGCAGUGAUUGCCAAUCCGUCUCAAAGACUCCCAAGCACGGGGAGACCUUCAACAUCGGAGAACGCAUUAAAGUGACUGCUUUGCAUACGCCAUGCCAUACCCAGGAUAGCAUCUGCUAUUUUGCAGAAGAUGGUGACCAGCGGGUUGUAUUUACAGGAGAUACUCUUUUCAUUGGAGGAUGUGGCCGAUUCUUCGAGGGAACUGCUAAGCAGAUGCAUGAUGCCCUAAAUAAUAUUCUUGCUAAGCUGCCAGAUGAUACCAAGGUUUAUCCCGGCCACGAAUAUACAAAAUCAAACGUGGCAUUUUGUAUCGAAGUAUCUCAAUCGGAACCAAUCAAGCGGCUACAGUGGUUUGCAGAAAAAUAUCGGGAAACCCAAGGCAAAUUCACCAUUGGCGACGAGAAGUUACAUAAUGUGUUCAUGAGGGUCAACGAUCCAGAAAUCCAAAAGGCUACGGGCAAAACUGAUCCGGUUGAUGUGAUGCAUGCGCUGCGUGAGAUGAAAAACAACUUGCCAUCAAAGCCGGCGGUUCAAAAAAUGUAGCUGAUGGCCGUGGUGCUGACAGGAGUCUUCUCGACAAAUUAUUCACUUAUUUCGCAUUCCCUGUAGUUGCGUACAUCCGUAUGUAUUGAAAUGCUGAAUACGUCUCUUAUGCUGGACUAAGUCAUCCAUGCUUUCUGAGCCGCUUCGUACAUAUUUUGUGCAAUUGAAUUAAGCUUUAAACUGCUUCGGGCUUCGUGUUAGCAUACUCUCAUCGUGACGUCAAGCAGAGCAAAUUAAGAUAGUACUAGUAUGUAAUUCAAGAAAACAGGAAAAUAGGAAUCACAAAUGGAGAUAUUUAUUAAAUGAGUCGAUUAGAUUUGCCGUGAUGCCCCCAAGGUCACAG